AUGGUGGUGCACCCCAUGUCCUUGGGGCCCUCCUCGGCCCCCCAUUUCAGAUGUACCCUCACCACGGGCACCUUGAAUGGGAUCCUGCCCACACCCGUCAGGGUUAGGAAGGUGGAGCUGCAGCUGAAGGAUUUCCUGAGCUGCACCGACUCCUGGGUGAAGCUGGACGACAUCAGCAAGGUUUUCUGCUUCAACAAGACCCCAAUCACAGAGUACGUGCGGGUGCACUGGUGAGAGGACAUGUUCUUCAGGUACCAAUUCCUGAACGGGGUCCACCCAGUGGUGAUCCGGUGCUGCACAGAGCUCCCCUGCAACUUCCCCAUCACGCCGAUCAUGGUGGCCUCCCCCCUGGGGGAGAGCACCAGCCUGCAGGAUGAGCUGGAGAAGGGGAACGUCUUCCUCGCUGACUAUAAAAUCCUGGAGGGCGUCCCGGCCAACAGGAUCAACGGCUACCAGCAGUACAUCGCCGCGCCCCUCUGGCUGCUGCACCUGCAGCCCUCUGGGGAGCUCGUCCCCGUGGCCAUUCAGCUCAGCCAGUGCCCAGGCCCCACCAGCCCCAUCUUCUUGCCCAGCAACUCUGAGUGGGACUGGAUCCUGGCCAAGACCUGGGUGCUCUAUGCCGACAUCCUGGUGUAUGAGGCCAUGAGCCACCUGCUGCUCACCCACCUGGUCGACAAGGCCUUUGCCCUGGCCACCUUGCGCCAGCAGCCCAUGUGCCACUCGCUCUUCAAGCUGCUGCCGCCGCACACCUGCUACACGCUGCACAUCAAUGUCAUGGGCAGGACCCUGCUACUCGGACGUGGAGGGAAUAUCGAAAGGGCUCUGCCUCAGGUCCCCUCCCAGGGCUCGGGGAUCGAGAGGACCAAGGUGCUGAUGGCCAAGGGCAUGUCCUGUCUGUCCUAUGCCUCCCUCUGCUUCCCUGAUGACAUCCAAGAGCGUGGGGUUGACUGCAUUCCAAAUUACUACUACAGGGAUGAUGGAUUGAAGAUCUGGUUGGCCAUUGAGCACUUUGUCUCCGGCAUCGUCAGACACUAUUACCACAGCGACACCCACAUCCUGGCCCUCUGCGAGCUGCAGGCCUGGGCAGACGAGACCUUCCGUGAAGGCUUCCUGGGGAACGAGGUGUCCGGCUUCCCAUUGUUCCUGCAGAGCAUCGCCAAGCUCAUCAAGUACCUGACCAUGAGGAUCUACUGCUGCUCAGCCCAAUACGCCACCCUCAACAACGGGCAGUAUGAGCUAGGAGCCUGGAUGCCCAAAUUCCCGGCCUCCAUGAGGAACCUGCCGCUCCAGUCCAAUGGCACCACCUCCCUGGAGAGUUACCUGGACACCAUCCCUGAGGUCAACAGCACAAGAAUCGCCAUCUACAGCCUCUGGGUCCUCUGCUGUGAGCCAGGGGACUCGAGAUCCCUGGGCACGUACCCUGACGAGCACUUCACAGAGGAGGAGCCCAAGCGGCUGAUCACAGCCUUCCAGGGGCGCCUGGCCCAGAUCUCCCAGGAGAUCCAAGAGAGGAACAAAUCCCUGCCCAUCCCCUACCACUACCUGGAUCCCCACCAAAUCGAGAACAGCACAUCCAUCUGAGCCCGACCGGCGAGCCCCAGGGACGGGCCCCCUGCGGCUGCUGGCAACUCUGUCCCUGA